AUGCCAAUUCUCGUCUUUCAGUUAGCUUCGUCUGGACCAAUUGCGAUCCGUCUUCUCAUGCUUGAGAUAUUACCUGCGUUGCCGGAAUUUUCCUACUACCCUGUCCUGAAAGACGCGGCUUAUCUAUCCGGGGCCAGUGUGGUGCUUGAGUAUUACCGGGUAUAUCAGCAGGUCUGCUCUUCGAGACCUGAUGCAAACUUGCCCUUGUUUCAAUUUGGCCGAAUCGGAUUAUCGAGAAGACAGUACUCCCUGUUGCCGUUUCAGGUGUCCCUGGGUGACCUCCCAGGACAUAACGUUUUGUCUGUUGGGGAAAAUACUGAAAACGCUUAA